AUGACCAAAUCUCUUACACCUGAGAUCGAAAAACAACUUAGUUACCCAAAGUACUGGGAAAGGGAUUCCACAUUAUGGGGAAGCGUAGCGGAUUGGGAUCUCUAUUUUAUCAAUGAAAUGCCCGGUUCGACAUGCGAUGUAGCACAUAAAACGCUAGCGAGUGAACUCGAAACACUUCUUAAUCACUUUUCUGAAAAUAGUCGUGAAUGGUGCAAGGCAAAAGCGAUCAGGAAACAACUGAAGGCAUUCUUCUGCUUGCCUGAAGUGGGUAGCAUGUUAUGGUCUGGACCUAAAUCCCACUAUAGCCAAAAAAUUCCCAGUAAUACUAUUACCUCGGCGAUUUGGAAGGAGCAUCAAGAAGCAAUAUUACGGGCUACAGUUGAAAAUAAGAUUAAUGAAAGUAUUAAUAAGCGUAAAAUCGAAGAUGUAGCGAGGAAUGCUACAAGUGCAACAGCAAAAGCUUGUUACGCACCGAGUGGUUACAAGAUCCCCAAACGUCCCCGAAUAGAUUACAAAAACUUAGAUCAUAAUGUCGAUGAUGAUAACGAUGAGGAGAAUAUAGACCUUCUGGAGCAAUCGACCAGCGAAACAUCACCUAUGCAAUCGACCAGCGAAACAUCAUCUAUGCAAUCGACCAGCGAAACAUCACCUAUGCAAUCGACCAACGAAACAUCACCUAUGCAAUCGACUAGCGAAACAUCACCUAUGCAAUCGACUAGCGAAACAUCACCUAUGCAAUCAACUAAUGAAACAUCACCUAUCGAGAAUUACCUGAAAAAAUUCGAAGAAGCGUACUUGGAAUUAGAUCUCAAUCAUAUGUGGUUGCUGAAAAGUGGUCGUAAAGUGGAAGAAGUUAUUUAUCAAUUCGCCAGAAAUCUUCCUGAAGAGUCAUAUUUACACUCAUUCAUAGUCAAUGACAUCGAUGUGGCCACCAAAUCACUAUUUUCGGAUGAGGAGUGGAAGGAAAUCACCACCUCAGUGGUUAAGGAUAAACCAAAACUUGAGAAUUCUCUUGUAAACCUAUUGAAAAAAUACACAGUUGAUGAUGUUGAGAGACUACGUGAUGUUCUUUUCGAACCAUUUAUGCCAGAUGGAUGCAAAUAUGAUCGAAAACAUCAUUUUGAUCUUGAUUUUAUUAAUGGUUCUUAUCGAGGAAUUUUACGUUUGUGGGAAAUGGAAGAAAACCCUAUUAAUGACUCUUUAUUAGAAGGCUGGUAUGAAAUGAAUAUGUGGAGUCGAGUAAUUGACCCAGCUUUUGACAAUCUCAAUAUUGAUUUAGUACGUGGUGAGGGUAUGAGUCACGCAUCAAGUGAUAGAAAAAAUCUUACCAGAGCAACAAAUGAUCGAAAGAAGCUCGGUCGAAAAGGCGAUGGAGUAUUCAGAUUACGCAAGGAUCGUUUAGAAUUUGGUGCUAUAGAAGCGGGUCGAAAAUGGGAAGGGAAGAGUGGAACUAAAUAUAUGACAGAUUCGCUAAAAAUAUGUAAAAUGUUAAAAGAUAUGCUAAACCAACUUGCCAUUGAGUGUGGUAUGAAAGAAGAUCUCGUGAGGAAAUUACAAGUAGUCGGAAUACUUAAUGGAGCAAACAGAAUUCAGGUCAUGACAGUUGACCUUCCUAAGGGAUAUAUUACUCGUAUUCAACGCAGAAAGGUCUAUGAAAUUGCUGGUCGUCUAUCAAAAUCUAAACCGCUUGCUUUUGCUCUAAAAGAGGUACUAUGUGCGAAAUCUAUCAUCAUGCAGACAUUCGAUAUAAUAAACAAGAAAGAUGAUGUUGAUCCCGAAAUUUUUCUUGAUGAUUCUGAUGAUCAAAAUGGAUACUACACACCUCCUAGGACCGUUAUCUCAAAGACAUUUGUGACUCCAAAGAAAGAGGGUAUUAAAGAUGUAAUUAAUGAAAAAGAAAAGAA